CUCCAUUUCAUUCGUAGGCUAAAAUCAUAAUCGAACGUAUGCAUGAGCUUCUAAUGAUCGACGUUUCUGUCAAGGAUCUCAUAAUUAAGGCCUUUGGAAGGCGCAAUUUUUAAAAGUGUUAUUUGUUAGUGUUUUUGAUCGUCGCUGGAUACAUUUUGUGAGAAUGGCAGGAAUUGGAAUGGCCAAUGAGACACACCAUGUGAUUGACACAGAGGUGUGUCAGCUAAACGUAUACGUGCAGGGUAGAAUAAUGCCUCAAAAACCAGUGUUCCUUACCUGUCAUGAUUUGGGAUGCAAUCACUACCAAUAUGAAGAAUUUGUGGCGCAUUCUAAAAUGAUUCCAAUUAUGCAACGAUCCACUUGGGUCCAUAUUGAUUUACCAGGUCAAGGAGAUGGUGAAGAAGAACUACCUGGAACGUAUGUGUUUCCUCCAAUCAAUCAACUACCUGAUGCAUUUCGUGAUGUACUGGAACAUUUAAAAAUAAAGCAAGUCGUUCUUUUCGGUGAAGGAGCUGGUGCGAAUAUACUGGCACGUUUUGCGAUUGCUUAUGACAAUUUAGUGCUUGGAGCAAUACUCAUCAAUUGUACUGGCUCACCGGCUACAUUUACAGAAUCUGUUAGAGAUAAGCUAAUGAACUGGAAACUCAGCUCUUCAGGAAUGAAUGCAGCCACUGAAAGCUUUCUUAUCGUACAUCGUUUUGGUUCAGUAGUUGAAACUGACAGUGAAGUCGAGCUACGCAAUGCUGUUGAAAGUUUUCGUCAAAAUCUGCGUCAUUCAAUUAAUCCGAAAAAUUUGAAUAAAUUUAUCACUUCUUAUAUGCAGCGAAAAAAUCUCUCUGACAGUCUUCCGAGCUUAAAAUGUCCUGUACUGCUAAUCGCUGGUUCUCUCGGCUCACAUCAUAAAAAAUGUCGUCAGUUAUUUGAAGAUCUAGAAAAAAUUCGCCGUGAUUCUGCCGGUAGUGGUCAGUCGACUACAAGUGAAUUUGUAAUGAUUGAUGAUGUAUCAAAUGUUCUCACUGAGAGACCGGACAAAGUGGUUGACAGUAUGCAGUUCUUUUUGCAAGGCCUUGGAUUACUGAGUAAUUUAAAACUACAAAAAACACCAAUGCAGUUGAACCGUCGAAUGUCUAUGGAAGAUUAUGAUAGACCAUUGGGGAAAACACAUUUCGUUAGUCGAUUAUCCCAACAAGUCCCAGAGGAGAAUACAACUUAAAUAAUAAUCAUAAUAAUAAUCAUGAUAAUAAUGACAAUAAUAGUAAUGAUAAAAUAGUAAAACAUAAUCAAGCGAUUUAAUAACCAUUUGUUUGUUUGUUUGUUCUGUUUGUCUGUUCCAGUGUUUGUAUGUAUGUGUGAAUGUAUGCAUGCAUGAUUGAAGGAUAGUGUAUGAUGCAUUCAUCAGUAGUAUGAAUGACUUGAAAUUUAAGUGCGUAUGACUUAGAUUGUUUGGGGAUAUUUAUGGGAUUAUUUAUUAUUAUAUAUAUUCGUUUGUGUGUGUGAUAACAUUUUAGCAGAAAAAAAAAAGUGAGAAAAAUGUAUCAUUUUUACAGAUUAGUAAUGGAAUUAUUCUUAAUACUACCACUACUAUUACUACUAAUACUAAUACGAAUACUAAUCUAAUUCAAAAUUAACUCUGAGAGUUAAAACCCCUAUUAUAAAACAUUAUAUCAGUAGUAUAGUUAGAAAUCGCAAGGAUAAAUCUUAGAAUACUCUUUAGAAAGACGAUAUUCUCAUACACUUCUUAAGUUACAUUAUCGUUUCUGCUUGAUAUUCCAUUAUGGUAGGUAAAUAUAUAUAUACCUAUAGAUAUGUACUCGAAUAUCCUUUAUGAGCGUCUUGUUUUUUUAUAAAUCUCUUCCCCUAACCCCCAGCCCUCCCCAACUUCUGCUGGAUACUACUAGUAGAAUGUAAACAAGAACACAAAGAGUACACAGGAUGAUUGAGUCAUCCUUCUGUUCUACUUCUUUAUCUUUCUGUCGUUCGAUUACUUUCCUUAUUGAAUAUAUAUAUAUAUAUAUACAUAUAGAUCCUGGUCAUUAAUAUUCUCACUCACUGUGUUCCUUUGUCUGGUUAAAUUCUUUUUUAAAACUGAAUAUAAAAUGUUGUUAUUGAGUAUUUUAUUGGUGAAAGAGUUUAAAUGAAAUAAAAUUUUGAAAAAA